AUGUCUACAGAAUUACAAUAUAACAGAUUUCUCAUAUUUGGUGACUCAAUCACUGAAUUCUCCUACAAUCCUUAUCCCUUGGGUUAUCAACAUGUUCAAUUCGGAUUCGGUGCAGCUUUACAAAAUGGUGAAUUAGAUAUCAUUCAAAGAGGCUAUGCUGGUUAUACUUCAGAAUGGGCUAAACAUUUCUUAGAAAAAAUCAUUCAACAUGAAAAUAAACCAGAUUCAAGGAUUUUAUUAGGUACAAUUUUCUUUGGUACAAAUGAUUCUGUACUUGGUGGACCACAAAAAGUUGAAUUACCUAAAUUUUUGGAAAAUAUUAAACAUUUUAUAGAUACUUUCAAAGCUAAUGGUAUUAAACCAAUAAUUAUUGGUGUCGGUAAAUAUGAUGGUGAUAAAUGGGAACCAUCAAGACAAGAAGAUAUUAAUGUCUUAGGGAUUAGAAGAACAAAUGAAAAUAAUAAAAGAUAUUCAGAAGCUACAAAAGAAUUAGCAGCUAGAGAACAAGUGCCAUUUGUUGAUUUAUAUUCAAUUUUUGAUAAUUAUGAAGGUGAUUGGCAUGAUCUAUUAUUAGAUGGUGUUCAUUAUACUGGGGAAGGUUAUAGAUUAUUAUUUGAUGAAUUGUUAAGAUUGAUUAAAGAAUGGUAUCCUGAGUAUCAUCCAGAAAACUUACCAUAUAUCUUACCAUAUUGGAGAGAUCUUGCUACAUCUGGUGGAUUUAAUUAG